AUGCACAGAAGUACAUGGGAUGUACCAGACAUUUCUGAUUUGCCAUCAACAAGACGAGUGAAAUCGAAUCUAGGAGAACUUCGAACAAUCCGAUCACGAUCACGAUCAAGAUGGUGCACACCAAAGAGACGUCGUAUUGCUUUGGGAAUGCUUGGCUGUUCUAUUUGUGGUGUAUUGAUUGCUACAGCUCUGAUUCUAGCGAUUACAAUGACUAAAAAAUCGGCAUCAGUCGAUCUCGUACCAGCUCCACAUCGACAUCAACAAGCAGCACAAGUUCCACCUCAACUUCAACCAGUAGCACUAGCUCGACUUCGACAACCAGUACCAGUUCUACUUCAACCUCGACGAGCACCACGAGUACUACAUCUACUUCAACAAGUAGUUCAAGUUCUACAUCGACCUCAACCAGUAGCACCAGCACAACAUCCACAUCGACAAGUACCACCAGCUCAACGUCAACCUCCACCAGCAGCACCAGCUCUACAUCCUCUUCAACAAGCAGCACAAGCUCAACUUCGACGAGCAGUACCAGUACUACGUCAACAUCAACAAGUACCACCAGCACAACAUCUACCUCAACUAGCAGCACAAGUUCUACUUCGACCACAACAAGCAGCACCAGCACAACAUCCACAUCGACAAGCAGCACCAGCUCUACAUCCUCUUCAACAAGCAGCACAAGCUCAACUUCGACGAGCAGUACCAGUACUACGUCAACAUCAACAAGUACCACCAGCACAACAUCCACCUCAACUAGCAGCACAAGUUCUACUUCGACCACAACAUCCACAUCGACAAGCAGCACCAGUACUAGUACAUCAUCCACUUCAACAAGCAGUACCAGCUCCACAUCCACUUCCACUAGCAGUACCAGCACAACAUCCACGUCAACCAGCAGCACUAGUUCUACUUCGACAUCAACGACUUCGACUCGCACAACAUCCACUUCGAGUUCAACAAGCAGUACUAGUACGACAUCCACUUCGACCAGCAGCACAAGCACAACCUCGACCUCAACCUCAACAACUUCGACUCGCACAACAUCUACUUCGACGAGCAGCACUAGCACAACGUCAACAUCAACUUCAACAACUUCGACUCGGACAACAUCCACAUCAACAAGCAGCACCAGUUCUACUUCAACAUCAACAACCACCAACGACAUCAGCCGCUCUUCCAUCACAGUGCUCCAGUUAUACAACAAUUUCAGAUUCUACUCGAUUGGCAACAUCAGGAUCUCCUAGCAUUGUUUGUGAUAGCACAGUGUUUACAUCGACACCAGUAUGGAUACGUUUCGUAGGUGCUGGAGGAACAAUGAUUGUCAAUUCUGCUCCGAGUACAUAUCGCUGUAACACCCAUGCGCCAGGGUGGUAUACUGGUAGCCUUCCUGGAGCUGGUGGAACUGUCAGUGGCACUGUUUGCUACAACUGGAGUGGUAACACAUGUAAUUGGUCAAAUUCAAUUAUGGUAACUAAUUGUAUUAGUUUUUACGUAUACCGAUUAAUAACUCCACCAGUUUGCAACUUGCGAUAUUAUGUUAUUGAUGUUUUAUUACGUGCUGGUGCGAAUAUCAAUUCAGUGGAUAAUGAUGGAUGGACACCUUUACAUGCAGCUGCACAUUGGGAUAAACAAGAUAUUAUUAAAUUUCUUUUAGAAAGAAAUGCGGAUAUUGAAGCGAAAAAUUAUGCCGGACAAACACCACUGGAUGUUUGUGAUGGUGUAACACAUGAAUUAUUGAAAGAAUUGAAAGAGAAACGACCGCCAAUGAAGUCGUCAACUAAUGAAACUCCAGAUAAUAUAACUGCACCAUGGAAAAGAAAACCUGUUUCAAAUCGAACAGGAGAUGAACAUAAAUCAAUUCUUCGAACUGAAUCACAUAAUGAGAAUAAUUUAGAAACAACGAAUAAAACUCCUCCAACUCCAACUCCAACUCCAACUACUUCUGCUCCACAGUCCUCUAUCCCUCCAUCAGUCAAUCCUACAUCUGUUGAUGAGAAUUUACCUACUUGUUCACCUAGUAUCAAGGAGAAAUUAAACAGUCUUCAACGUUCAUUACAUGACUUGAGUAAUCGAUAUUUAAAGAGCAAUCAAGAUGAGCAAUCAAAUCCUUCGAUUUCGACUAAUAAUUCGUCAAAUAAUGAAUUAACAAAAUCAACUCCAUUGACAUUUGAACAACGAAGCAAACAAAUCAAUGAAAAAUCGACUCUAAAUUCGACUCGGCCAGGAUUUUUAGUAACAAAUAAAUAUUCUCAACGAACAUUCACAAAUCCACUUCAGUCAUUAACAACAAAUAAUAAUAUUAAUAAUGACUUAACUACUCGCGAGCACCCAUCAUCAACUAACACUCCAACAACAGGGGCAGCAUCAACGACGACAACAACUAUAAACAUUGCUUCAUCUCCGACACAAGUAUUGGAUACAAAAAUUAAUCGAAGUUCCAAUGAGACACAGCCUGAGGUGGCACCGAGAAGAUGGGGAACCACAGAUCGAACAGUCGGUGAUAAUACUUUACCAACACCCACAAACACAGGUCCAUACGUACGUCGACGAUCAGGUGCAGGUGUCAAUGAUCAACCAACAACAACAGCGACAUCAACUAUCGUUAGUGUCACAUCAUCACUUCCGACAGUGACAUCAAGUCCAACAACGAAUGUAACAGUAACGUCACCAAGUUUACUUGAUGAUUCAACGAAUGGUAAACGACGCUCGAAUCUUCCACCAAGUCGAGAUGAGGAAGCGGAAGCCCAACGUAAACAUCGUUCAGCACAAGCACGACGAGAACGACGAUCAACACAAAGCGUUACUGUUGAAGAUAUCAAAGCAGCUGAACAACAAAUCAAAAGUCAACCAAUGAAUAAUCCAGAUAAUUCAUCGACAAUUAUCACAAUUCCACAACCAUUAACAAAUACCAUUGAGACAACAUCAAAUGCAACUUUAUCAAAUAAUAAAAUCGGUGCACCAUCAACACCUUCGCUGGUUAAUGAACAUGAUAUAGAAACUGAACGUUUACAACGAAUUAUCGAAGAAAAGAAAGAAAAAGCCAGAAUAUUAAGUGGCGGAAAUGAGGAUACUGUUGAGACGACUGUUGACGCAUCUUCAUCUGGUGGAUCACGUCGAUUACGAUCAAGAUUUACAUCUGCGGAUACUGACAAUAUUGUCCCAUCAAUAACAGCAAACGAUUCAUUGAAUCUUGGUCUCAGUGCUUCGUUAGAUUCUCAACAACAACAACCACGACGAAGAACAAAUCGUGUACAUAAUCAGCGGAAAAACACUGGAAGAAUCAUUUGGAACGACGAAACAAAAGAAGUUGAAAUUCGCGAUGAUUCCAACGAUUUAGUAGCAAAAACCUCCAAUGAAGAAUCUCAUCGAUCCGACGAUCAAAAACUCCAAGACAACGCUCAACAACAAUCGACAACAAAUCCUUCAUUACUUGGAUCACGUGGUCUGAUUUCUCGAUUUGAAAAUAUCCCAUCAACAUCUUUAAUCACAACAAAAGACUCACCAAAUAAUCUAUCUCCAACAUCUCCAACACCCACAUCAACAUCACGAAGUAUUCGUUCACAAAGUCAAGAUCCAUCGCGUAAAUCAUUAGCAUUGGCAACAUCUUUACCUUCAUCGAAUCUCAAUACUCUUGUGAAUGGAAUGGCUGCUUCAACACCUUUUGCGUUGAAAAAAGAUUCGAAAGAAAAUACAGUUUUACCAACAGGAACAACUAAUGAUGCAUCAGCUAUUAAAAGAUUACAUGAUGAUGCAAAACGUAAAAUCGAUGAAUUAACACAGAAAAUCGAUCGAUUAGAACGAGAUAUCGCCGAACGAGAUCAAAUGAUCGAAAAACUCAAAACAUCACAGUAUAUCGAAUCAUCUCUUGAUAAACGAGAAAAACGUGCAUAUGAAAGAAAAAUUUCUGAAUUAGAAGAAGAAUUGAAAAAAAUGGAUUCAAUAAAAGCAGAUAACACACGAUUGAAAGAAGAAAAUGCCGCCUUAAUUCGCGUAAUCAGUAAAUUAUCGAAAUGA